ACUUACAAAGAUGUUCUUCAAAGGACUAUUCGGCACCCUGUUACUACUCGCUCUGUUGCAUGGUGCAUCUGGCGACCUGCUAAGUGAGAUCGAGAGCGCCCUCCAGAAUGCCACGGACUGCGCGUCGUGCCAUCUACUCCUCAUCCCGCUGCAGACACUCGCGCAUCUCGGCAACGACGCGUUCGUGGACACCAUCGUCUCUGUCUGCGACGACUUUGGCUUGGAAGACCCGGACGUCUGCCAAGGCGUUAUCGGGGAAGAAGGUCCUAUACUCGCGCAUGACCUCCGUCAGAUCUCCGCCACCGGCCAGACCGCGACCAAGUUGUGUGACGCCGUGUUCGGGUUGUGUAAUCCACCACCCGUGAACGCCUUCACCGUGCCGUUCCCGAAGACAGCGCCUACCAACCCGAAAGUUUUCGAGUCUACUGGAAAGCCGCCUUUCCAGGUCAUUCACAUCAGCGACGUGCACAUCGACAGAUUCUACACUGUCGGCUCAGAGGCGAAUUGCACGAAGCCCAUCUGUUGCAGGAACUUUGCGGAUGAAACGGGUCCCCUGACGGAGCCUGCAGGCCCCAACGGCAACUCACACUGUGACUCACCGGUGACCUUGGCCGACUCGAUGCUUGAAGCAGCUCAACAAUUCGGCUCUACCGCCAACUUUACGCUAUUCACUGGGGAUGUGGUGGAAGGUGCUGUAUGGCUGGUAAACAAAACAGAAGUCACCAACGAUCUUGAGGCUUUCAACGCCGAAAUGGCUUCUAAGUUGAAAGCGCCAAUCUUCCCUGCCAUUGGGAACCACGACUCUGUUCCGGUGAACUCGUUCCCGCGAAAUACCACAACUACGACGAUCGACUCGCAAUGGGUAUUUGACACACAGAGUGCCGGAUGGGCUCAAUGGAUAGGCGCUAUCGCCGCAUCGCAAGAGGAUCAAACCUCCGGGAGCUAUUCGGUCGUGGCACCCGGUAUGGAUUUGCGUAUCAUCUCAGUCAAUACGCAGUACUGGUACAAGCAGAACUUUUGGGUGUAUGACAGCGACACUCAGCAGCCCGACCCGAAUGGCCUGCUCGCGUUCAUGGUGCAAGAGCUCCAGGCCGCAGAAGACGCUGGCCAGCGUGCUUUCAUCAUUGGGCACAUGCCGAUGGGCAAGGAGGAUGCGUUGAACGACCAGUCGAACUACUACGACCAGAUCACUCAGCGGUAUAAGAACACGAUCGCAGCACAGUUCUUCGGACACAGUCACAAGGACCAAUUCGAGAUCGCGUACUCAGAUUACAACGACCAGACGGCGUCUACGGCGACGAGCAUCGCGUUCAUCGCGCCGGCACUGACGCCUACAAGCGGCAAUCCCGCGUUCAAGAUCUAUGACAUCGACCCGGACACGUUCGAAGUCAUGGACAUGCGGGUGUACAUCACAAACAUUUCUGCACCGAAUUUCCAAUCCACUCCGCCGCAGUGGGACCUCUACUACAGCGCACGCGCGACGUAUGGCCCGUUGGUGACACCGCCCUUGCCUGCCAGCGCGCCGCUCGACGCCGCGUUUUGGCACAAUCUCACCGAGGUCUUCGCAGCGAACGACACAGCAUUCCAGAUAUUCAACACGUUCAUCAGUCGCGGUGGGGACGUGCAGGCGUGCGACGACAGCUGCAAGGCGACGACGAUAUGCGACAUGAGGGCGCUUAGGGCGGAGAACAACUGUGAUAAUCCGACACCAGGGAUCAUGUUCAAGCGUGGUGAAUCAGAGGUACAUCUCUCUGUUAGCGAGUCAGAUGCGUGCGAGGGAAAGGGCAUUGCGCAUAUACUCAAAGCUUUGGUCAACCGGGACGGCCUCGAACAUGACUUUGCACGCUUCAGACAGAGUGGACGGGUGUUGAGAAGUAUUUAUCAGGGCUAGACGGGGGAAGUACAGGAUGAGGGUAGAUGAUAGAUGGCACGAAUAGUACAAUGCUGAUCCGAAUAAAUGCUCAGCAAUUGACCCUAGCGAAUUUUCUGGCCAUGUCGAAAUAUU